AUGGAGUGCAUCAACGCACGGGUGUCAUUCUCGCAAUGGCGUCUUCGUGCGUUUCGACAAUUACUCGUAACUUCGCAGCCUUUGACUACCCAGGUAGUCAAACGAAGCAUCUCGACCUCGCAACAAAUCCUUCAGUCUAACGAAGCUGCAUCAAAAGAACAGACAGAUACAUCAAGACUUGACUCCGUCCCUCCAUCUCAACGGCUUCCACAAUCCCCCCUGAUUGCAUACUCGCGCCCUAGGGCCGAGAAGAACCGCAAAAGGCGCCCUACGUCAGAAGAGACGUCCGAGCUGAGCAAGAAUCCAUGGGCAAGUGCACUAGCAUCCCCGAUACGCAUGUGUAGCAUAACCGGCGCAAGACUUCCAUCCGACCUCUUAGGCACUUGGGGCCUUGUGCGACAGCCAGAGACCGACAUGCUCUGCAUGAUGCCCGUGGGUCUAAUGCAAGACUCGCUGCAGAGCAGCGAAUCUCAAGGCCCAAGUUCAAAUAAGCCGGCCCCCGCAAACGAGGACCUAAGUCAAUCUCCGGAAGCAGGACUUCAGGACAAAGCUAUGGACGAAGCGUUUGCUGGUGAAUUUCUCCCAGCCGCCCGAAACAAGCACACCGGACGGCAGCUCGUGCUUCGCAUUACUGAACUUCUUCCGCUCAUUCGGUGUAUCACAGAGCCUCUUUCAAAAAAGAGCGCGAAGAAGCCGCCGGUUGCGCGGCUGUUGCCGUUCCGUUGGAAACACCCCCAAGGGCCUGUGACGACGAGCGAAGAGAAGAAACUCCUUUGGCUAGGGAACACCCCGGAAAUUCUACUGCAAGGCAUGCGAAGGGAUGUCUGCAAGAAGUUGGGUGCUGCUCUUGCGAAAUACAAGCGUGUUGGUACCCCAAACGGGGUUUGGAAAGCUCUUGAUUUGCCAGAGUACUCAGAUGCGGGGCUCGCGGACGGUUUGGGGCAAUUGGAAAUGUUUGACCGCAUCCAAUCAGGUGGUGUAUUGCUGCUUGGCUCGGAUUCUCCUGUGGGUGGCUCUCAAGCAAAUAUCUCUUUGGACUCGGUCACUCUUUCACAAACUGGAUCGAAUGUUCCUGUCUUCGAUUUGUCGGCUCUUCUUUCUGUAUCUGAUUUGCACGCCCUCCGCGAAGCCCAUGAGCAGUUUAAACACAGCGCUCUAUUUUUCAGGCCCGACGAUAAGAUGGGUAUUGAUGCGAUGGUAUCUCUCUGGAAGAUCAAGCGCCUUCUCGGUGAUACUGAUCUGCCAGGGCAAUAA